UCUACAAGUGCUCACCGUACCAGCAGUAAGGACAGGAGCGGGGAGGAGAGGAGAUCAAUGGCGAGCAGCGUGGUGGGAGAUGCUGGGGAAGGGGAGUGGCUCAAGGUCGCCGAGCUGAGGGCCAUGGCGGGAGCCCAGGACCCGCAUGUCAAGGAGGUGGACAACCUGACGCUCCGGAGGUUCCUGCGCGCGCGGGGCCACGACGUGGGCAAGGCCUCGGCGAUGCUGCUCAAGUUCGUGGCGUGGAGGCGGGAGUCCGUGCCAGGGGGCGUCGGCGCCGUCAUGCCGGCGGAGCUGGUGCGGGCGGAGCCGUCGCGCGAGUUGGCUUCCAUGGGCGGCGUCGACCGCGCAGGCCACCCCGUCCUGCUCGCCUUCCCGGCCAAGCACUUCUCCGCCAACCGGGACAUGGCCGGCUUCAAGCGGCUUGUUGUGUACCUGCUGGACAGGGUCUGCGCGAGGAUCCCACGGGGGCAGGACAAGUUCAUCGUCGUGGUGGAUCUCAAGGGGUGGGGGUAUGCCAACUGCGACGUGCGCGCGUACGUGGCGGCCAUCGAGAUCAUGCAGAGCUACUACCCGGAGCGGCUGGGCAAGGCGCUCAUGGUCCAUGUGCCCUACCUGUUUAUGAAGGCGUGGAAGGUGGUGUACCCCUUCAUCGACGCCAACACUAGGGACAAGUUCGUGUUCGUGGACAACAAGAGCCUGGAGGGGGCGCUGCGGCGGGAGAUGGAUGAGACCCAGCUGCCGGAGAUGUACGGCGGGAAGCUGCCCAUUGCCCCACUCACCGACGACUAGGUAGCUACGACGUACGAUCGGUCGAUGUAUGUAGCACCGAAACAAAGAGGACAGGGUCUCUUGUAUGUAGAUGUAAUUGGGGGAGAGAGCUCGCAUUGCACUGUCACCGUCUGUAUGUAGGGUAUUUUCUUUUUUUCGA